UGAUUUCAUUGUCUCAGAAACUUGUUAACUGCUCCCAACAAAUCAUCAUCAUUUACCAUGGUCGCAUUGUUCUCUCCUAUCUUCUCACCCAAAGGCUGGCUCUUAGAGGAGGAGCCAUUGGCCUAUAAUAAUAGCCAUAACCUCUUCUACAAAGAUGAUGCGUCUUCUGAGUACUCCUUUCCCUAUCACUUUUAUUCACCACAGACACAGAUUGAGCUUGAAGAAAGGUCUAUUGCACCAUCCUCUGACCCUGCCAUGGUCAAGAAACUUAGCCACAAUGCUAGCGAACGUGAUCGCCGUAAGAAGGUCAACAACUUGGUUUCUUCACUUCGCUCACUUCUUCCAAUGGCAGAUCAAACGAAAAAAAUGAGCAUCCCUGCAACAGUUUCUAGAGUCUUGAAAUACAUACCUGAACUACAACAGCAAGUGCAAGCACUAACAAAAAGGAAAGAGGAGCUUCUAGGCAGAAUUUCUCGGCAAUUGCAAGGAGAUGCAGUGAACAAAGAAUCUCAUAGGAAAAUUUCCCACCACAACUCUUCUUUUGUUGUCUCAACAACUAGGCUUAACGAAUGUGAAGCUGUAGUUCACAUUUCAUGUCAUGAGACCCACAAGGCUCCACUAUCAGAGAUCCUGCAGUGUUUAGAAAAUGAUGGUCUUUUUCUGCUAGAUGCUUCUUCCUCAGAAACCUUUGGAGGAAGGUUCUUCUACAAUUUGCAUUUUCAGGUGGAGAAAACUAAUAGAUUAGCGCCCGAGAUAUUAACAGAGAAGCUUUUACCAAUAUAUGAGAAGCAAAGGAUUUUCUAAUGAAACUAAAGUUGGCUCCAGGAUCAAACGAUUUUAAGUGCUCUGAUGUUAAAUUUGACACUUAAAAUAGUCUGCACAUAUUUGGCAUCUAAUGAUUGCAAGUUCAUAAGGAAGAAAUCAUUUGUUGAUUUUAGAAUUUAAUGAAUAUUAUAAAUGUUACAAAGCAAAGUGUUUUGUCUCUUUCCUUUUAGUACAUAGUGUAGAUGACUUUAGAUUCAAUUUUGAGGUUUUCAUAUCUAAGUUAUAUCAUGGUAGUGGUAGAUAUAUAGUCUUUAGUUAUUAUCUCAUUUUCUCAAUCAUGCCCUACUUUUUCACAUAGUAGGUAUCAUAAAUGAAAAUGGGUAAUUAUGUAUGAAUACUUACUCUACAUCUAUACAACACACUAUUACAA